AUGGCCUCAAUUCAUGACGAUGAUGAACUUCUCCUGGCCCGUAUCGGGUAUAAGCAGGAACUGAAACGGGAAUUCUCAAAAUGGUCCACAGUCAGCUAUGCCAUCUCCAUCUUGGGAAUCCUAGGCUCAGUUCCAGCGACCUUUGGAGCUCCUCUGGCUGCAGGGGGACCAGCUACUGCGGUCUGGUGUUGGUUUCUGGGCUCAUGCAUGGCCAUGUGCAUAGGCAGCUCGGUCGCGGAGCUGGUCUCUGCGUAUCCUACAGCAGGAGGAAUGUAUUUCGUCACGAAGCAUGUUGUUCCCGAUGACCAGGUGCCCAUCUUCUCCUGGGUGCAGGGCUGGUGCAAUCUAUUGGGACAGACGGCGGGCGUUUCCAGCGUGGCCUACACGGUCAGCCAGAUGCUACUUGCGUGCGCCAGUAUGAACUCUGAGUAUUCUUACUCUCCGACCGCGUUGCAAACCGUCGCGCUAUCUAUUGUGAUUCUGUGCGUGCUGGGUGUAAUAUGCUCUCUGACUACCAAGACUCUGCAUCGGAUCGUCUUCUGGUUCGCCCCGAUCAAUAUCUCCGCAACGAUCUGUAUCUGCCUUAUGCUCUUAUACCUCACGCCGGACAAGCAGUCCGCUCGCUGGGUGUUUACUCACUUUACGGAUGGCUCUGGAUGGGGCUCGAAGCUCUUUUCCUUUCUGCUUGGAUUCAUAUCAGUAGCGUGGACAAUGACCGAUUACGAUGGAACCACCCAGUACGUCCUCAAUCUGAUUUCCUAUGCUUACUCAAGCUCACAAGGAGAACUUAGCAUGUCAGAGGAAACUCACGACGCAGCCUCUCUCGGGCCGCUAGCAAUCCAGUCUGCAGUUCUGGUAUCAGGAAUAAUGGGCUGGGCCCUGACUAUCUCAAUGUGCUUCUGCUUGACCGACCUCGACAGCAUCCUGCGAACCCCCACGGGCCUUCCCGCGGCCCAAAUCUUCCUAAACGCAGGAGGAAAGACAGGUGGCACAAUCAUGUGGGGAUUUGCCAUCCUAGUCCAGUUCUUCACCGGCUGCUCGGCCAUGCUGGCAGAUACACGGAUGGCAUACGCAUUCGCCCGUGACGAGGCCCUGCCGUUCUCCCCCUUCCUGUCCAAAAUCAACAAAUACACACAAACCCCCGUCAACGCCGUCUGGUUCGUCGUUCUCUUCAGCAUCGGCCUCAACUGCAUCGCCAUCGGAUCAACCCAAACGGCCACCGCGAUCUUCAGCAUCACCGCCCCAGCACUGGAUCUCUCAUAUGUCUCUGUCAUCCUUGCUCAUAGAAUCUACAAGAACAAGGUCAAGUUCGUCGAGGGGCCAUUCACACUUGGUCAAUGGGGCGCAGUCAUUAACUGGGUUUCGAUCGUUUGGGUCCUCUUCAUAAGCACGGUGCUCUUCUUCCCGCCUACCGUGCCGGUCACGGCGUCAAAUAUGAACUAUGCGAUUUGCGUGGGUGCUUUCAUCGCUGCGUUUGCGCUUGUUUGGUGGUGGGUGUAUGCUCGUGGAAAAUAUACCGGUCCGCGGACGAACGACUAUAUACAAGAGGUUCCCACGGAGGAUUUGGACGAGGAUUAUGGAACCCUGCGUUAG